AUGAGAAAUCUUACAGCUGUUAAAAAUAUUCGUGAAGAGAGUGCAACAAGUAUGCCUGCAGAUUUUUCAAAUAAUCUUAAAUCUUUACAAAACUUCAACUCUGUUGGGUGUCCCUAUACAUCAGUUGUCCCAUUCUUUAACGGAUCUACUGUUGAUCUGGUGGAUAUUUACCGAUUGGAACAUCUUGCAAUUGAUUCAUCACUUUAUUUACCAAUGUUACGACAAUUGUCUGUUGAUCUCACCCUCCCAGCUCCAGAGACAUUCACUUUUGAAUCGUCAUCAUUUCCACAAUUAAAUUAUCUUGACAUAGUAAAUGAUGGUCAAAUCCCAACCAUCAUUAUAAAUACAUCCUUAACUCUCAUCUCUGUAAAGAAUACAAUUGUAACAAAUUAUUUCCCAUCCAAUGUUAGAGCAUAUCAACAAUCAACUAUAACUGAAAAUUUAAAUCAAUAUGUUGGGUUGGAAUCUUUGACAAUUAUAGAUUCUUCAGAUACAUCACCUUUGACAUAUUACCCUCCCAAUUUAAAAAGUAUGAUCUACCCAAUUGACAAGUUUACAACUUUUCCAACUACUCCACUAGGAUCUAAAACAACCACUUUUGGUUUACAAUUUAGUAACUAUGUAGGAGAAGUACCUUGGAACUUAUUUUCCGGUUUCGAUAAUCUUGUUGUACUUCUUGAUCAAAGUAAAGGAAUCAGUGGAGUUGUUCCAGAGUCAUUUUGUUCAAACAAAUUGCUCAUCAAGGGUACUAGUAUCUCAAGUGUACCAGAUUGUUAUUGGUGUUUUGUUAAAGAUCCAACUGUAUUCCAAACAUCACUUACCAUUUCGCCAACUUUUAGUUGUAACAUGACAAUUGAUAAUUUUGAUAUAAUUACAGUAGGAGGAAAUGGUAUUUUGAAAGGUAAUUUGAUAGGUUGGGGUAACAUUGGUAGUGGUUAUGUUCUAAGUCCUAAAAUUGCAAACAAAGAGUUAUUAUUUACAAAGAAUUCAGCAGCUUAUGGAGUUAAAACACCAAUAACCUUACAAUUAAAUCCGUAUUAUUCACAAUAUAUUUUUAAUAAUUUUACCUAUCUAGAGGUACAAUUCCAAGUAUCAACCUAUACAAUGAUACAGGUGCCAAUGGGAAUCUAUAGAUUCUCUAUUACAUUUUUACAAGAUAUGCAACAAUCUAUUCCAUAUCUAACACAUUCGAUCCUAUUCAACAACAAGACUGGGUCAUGUAAUAUUGUAAAUAUUGUAGGCAGUACGAUUGAAUGUGAUCUUGCAGCUCCACUUUAUCGUUCAAAAACAAAUGAUGUAUUCUUGUCAAAUGGUUUUUUUAAUCUUUCAAAUAAUUAUCCUCUACCUACUACCACCUAUCCAUACAUUCAAUCAACUUUUGAAAUCAUGGUGCAAGUCGGAACAGAGCUUGCCUUUUCCGGAGUAUUUGGUCCAGCUGCCGAAUCGGCACUCAUCUACAUUGAUGGCAAUGCUACCAAUUGUAUCAACUCUGGUGUAUCUACAAGUGGACAUAUUACUUGUCGUACAACAAGUAAUAUUAAUGGUGGACCUACAAAUGUGACCAUUUGGACAAUAGAUGGUUUUGCAAGUCCCACAUUUACACCAAAUUAUCAAUCUCCAAGAACCAACUGUCAACAAACUACCUCUAAUUGUUCUGGUAAUGGCGUUUGUAAUAUUAAUGGUCAAUGUGAUUGUAAUAAUGGUUAUUAUUUAAAUGAUUGUACAAAUAGAUAUCCAAUUAUUUCAUCUGGAUCAGUUGAUUUGAAUGAUACAAGAUUAAUUAGUUUAUUUGGUGAUUUUGGACCAUUUGGUCAAACAAAUGCAACAGUAUUUGCAAAUAAUACUUUAAAUUGUUUGGUUACUUUUAAAUCACAACAAUCUAUUAAUUGUACUUUGCCAUCUAUUCCAUCGGUUGGAUUAUUAUCAUUUACAGUUCAAGUAGAUUCUAUUACUCCAACCAUUGCAAAGGAUUUAAUUUAUAUUUAUCCAAAUAAUAAUAAUAAUAAUACUGGAGGUAACAGCAAAGAACAAUGUGAAAAGGAAACUUUCAAUUGUCAUGGUCAUGGUGUUUGUGAUGAUAAUGGAGUAUGUCAAUGUUAUCCUGAUUAUCAAGUUGAUGAUAAUUGUUUAACAAAAAUAAUCAACAAUACCAAUCAACCAAACAAUACUGCGCCAACACCCUCAUUUAAUAUUGAUGGUUUAUCAUUUCAAUUUGAAAUGAUUGCAAUUCACCAAAUAGAUAUUGAUAAUCAAAUAGUAUUUGAAUUAUUGACAAAUAAUUGGAUUUCAAAUAUUACAAAUAAUACUGAUACAACUAUUGUCAAUUAUCAAUUAAACAAAACACUCGACAACAACAAUAAUAAUGCUACAACCAUCACAUCAACUAUAUCAUUUUCAACAAAACCAAGAAAUAUUCCAUUUGGAUCACAAUCACUUCAAAUCAAAGCCAAUUCAAUUAAAUUGGCAGUUAAUAUUAGUCAAUGGAAUUAUCAAUCAGCUUUAUCAACACUAAGAGUUUUAUUUAAAACAACAAUCAAUAAUAAUCAAAGUGUAGAAUAUGAUUGUCAAGAAGAAGAGAUUCAAAGUUUAACAUUUGAUCAAAUAUCAGACUCUAUUCAAUAUCUCAGAGUUGUCAAAGAUAAUAUUCAAUUUACAGGUAGAUUUGUAGAUUAUGUAUUAUCAAAUGGAAGAGAUGCAUUCUCUAAAACAUACCUAAUCAAUCAAACCAAUGAUAUUGAUAAUUCAAAACAAUCAAAUAUAAUCAUUGGAAUUGGUAUGCCUCAAUGUCAAUCAUGUAUAUUAGAUCCAGAUUUUACACCAUUAUUAAUCGAUAAGAGUAAUGAUGGUGGAUGUGACAAGAAAUCAAAUACAUGGAAAAUAAUUGUUGGUGUUGUUAUUGGUGGUGUUGCUUUGAUUGCUAUAUCAGUGGCAUCAAUUAUGCAUUUCAAGAAAAAGAAAUUAUUCAAUAGACAACAAAAAGCAAUGAGCGCUACACUAAAAGCAAUGAAAUAA